CGGCAGGAAGCGGAAGUGGUGUCACGAAUUCGCCGGAGUUUCUUCGCCUGCUGCUUCGCGCAGCAUUGAGCACGUUGGGCUGCUGGUGGUUGGACGUGGGCCCGCUGUGCUGGGGAAGGCGUGAAGGGAGGCAGGACGUGGGAGUCCAAGGCCGGUUUUAGUCGGGGUCGCCGAUGGGCCUGCUUAACGGCCGGGCCGCGCGGCUCGCAUCCGCCUAGACCGCCCGACAGGCCGCCGAGGCCGGCGGUUCUGGCGCGGAGCCGCUGUGGUCCUGCUGGGAGGGCGCGUGCGCGGGGUGUUCGUGGCCACUGUGCUCGCCUGUCCUGCAGCGUGCAAGCGGCCUUUGUGACUUUUGUCCCAAAGGAAAAGAGUUUCUGCCGCUGGGAGUGGCCCAGACUCCGCCCCGUUACUCGCAGCCUCAGGGACCCGGCCGGUGAGCGUUCUGGAAAGUUGGGUCAGCGGGGCCUGUGUUUCCUUUCGGUGGGGAAGGGAAGAGGCAGUUUUAUCUGAGAAUGUGGCUUUGUCUGCGCUCGUCUUUUCUUCGGGACACACUGUCUUAGGCAGGUGAUAUGCUUUCUCGGCUGUGUGUAGUGUGCAUGUUUCAGUACCUAGUUAUACACACGUGCUCCACUGGUCUUUGUACUAAAGAGAAACCAAUGGAGGCGUGAAUACUCCAUUUUCAGAAUAACUGGAUUUCCCAUUAACAGGGCAUUUGGACUAAGUUUUUUCCCGACAUUUUUUGCGUAAAAUCUUAAACCUAAAGGAAAUGUAAGCAACUGUUGCUAUGAAUGUGCACCGAAGCAGAUUCACCCAUUUUCGCAUUUUGCGUGGUUGCGCUCUUUGGAUAAAGAAAUGUAUUUUUUAGCGGAUUGUUUGCGAGUAAAUAGGAAAUAAAUUGUAGACAUGAUACAUGACCUUUAAAUACUCGGAAAUGCAUGUUUUAAGGAUGAGGUUUUACUACUGAAAUCAUCAUACAGUGAUUCAGCCGCGAAAAUUAAAAAUGUUAAUGCAAUAUGUACUGUAUAAAAAGUAAAAUUUUCCACUUUACCUCAGAAUAUGUUUUGGAUCUCGGAUGUAUUCAAGGUUUAUAUAUGACAAUUGUUUGUCUCUUAGGCUCUUCUAACCUGCGGCAGAGCCAUUGUUUCUUCAUGAUACUGACUUGGAAGCCUCACACGCUCUUUGCGAAACCCAGAGUUUCUGAGAUUCCUGAUGUUUCCGUGCUGUCUUUAUUUAAUUUUUUUUUAAAUGUUUUUUUUUUUUUUGAGAAAGAGACAGAGUGUGAGCGGGGGAGGGGCAGAGAGAGAGAGAGGGAGACAUAGAAUCCGAAGCAGGCUCCAGGCCCUGCGCUCUCAGCACAAGAGCUCCACCCAGGGUUCAGACCGGUGAACACCAGAUCCUGACUUGAGCGGAAGUCCGACGCUUGGAGCCACCCCAGGCGCCCCUAUUUAUUUAUUUAUUUUAAAUGUUUGUUUAUUUUGGGGAGAGGGAGACUGAGUGGGGGAGGGGCAGUGAGAGAGAGGGACGGAGGUUCCCAAGCGGGCUCUGAGCUGACAGCAGAGAGCCCACUGUGGGGCUCAAACUCACAAACCGUGAGAUCAUGACUUGAGCUGAAGUCCGCCUUUUUAUUUUUUUAAUUUAUUUUUAUUUUUAAUUUUUGUAAUUUUCGAGAGAGUGGGCGCAAGUGGGGUAGGUCCAGAGAGAUAGGGGAACAGAGGUCCAAAGCGGGCUCCCUGCUGACAGUAGAGAGCCUGAUACAGGGCUGGGACUCAGAAACUGGAAUCAUGACCUGAGCUGACGUCGGACGCUGAACGGACUAAGCCACUCAACACCCCUGUCCUCCCAAAUCCAUGCUUAACCGACUGAGUCACCCCAGUAGGUAGACUUCACCGUCACUCUCCCAGGAUGGCAACCAUUGACUUGACCCAUGAUCUUCUUUCUAGGAAUCCUUUCUCCCAUCCUGAGGAAAACACAGAGAUAGAAGGGAUGGUGGCUGUCAGGCCGAAAAAUUAUAAUCAGAUUGCAGUGACCUUUGACGACGUGGCAUUGGACUUCACCCAGGAGGAGUGGAUAUUACUGGACCUCUCUCAGAGAAACCUAUACAGAAACGUGAUGCUGGAGAACUACCAGAACCUGGUCACAGUAGGAUAUCAACAGUCAAAACCCAGCCUAGUAGCUAGGUUGGAACAAGAAGAGUUGAGGACAGUGGAGAAAGGAGUUUUCUCAGAAUGGCAAACUCAACAUCAAAGCAAAGAGUCACCAUCUCUCCAGGAUUUGGGGGAAGGAAAAACAGCCAGAGAAACUCAAAAAGAAAGGACCCACCAGGGAGCAGAGCUCUCUGAGUAUGAGCAAAGUGGGAAAAUCUUAAGCCAACACUUACUCCUUAAGACACACAUGAGAACGGAAAAUAGAGAGAACACUUUUGAGCAUACUCAGUAUGCCAACAGCUUCCGUCCUCUGCAAAAGGAAAGCUCUACGAGAGAGAAGCUUUCUGAGUUGAGUCAGGGUGGUAAAGUCUUCCACCUGACUCCACACAGCAUGUAUGAGAGAACCAGUCUGGCAGAGAAGCCUUCUGAAAAUAGUGGCUGUGGGAUGACGUUCAUUAGUCAUUCCCACUUUCAGACACAGGGGAGAAGUCAUGGUGGAGGAGACCUCUAUGAAUGGAUGCUUCCAUUUCCAGGGAUCUCAGUUCCCUCAGCAGGUCACCCUGUGUAUAUGCAAAUGCACACGGUUAGAGACCCCUAUGAAUGUAGGGAGUGUGGGAAGUGUUACGCAAAUGUGAAACGUCUCAAUAAACACAUCAGUCGAUUUCACGCUGGAAUAAAACCAUUUGUGUGUAGCGAAUGUGGAAAAUCUUUCUACACUUCCUCACACCUUUAUAUACAUUUUAUGAUUCACACUGGAGAGAAGCCCUAUGAAUGUAAAGAAUGCGGGAAACACUUCCAGUGGCCCUCAAUGCUUCGUAAUCAUGUUCAAACUCACACUGGUGAGAAGCCUUAUAAAUGUAUGAUAUGUGGGAAAGCCCUCAGUAGUUCCUCAUAUCUUAAUCAUCAUUUGAGAAUUCAUACUGGAGAGAAGCCCUUUGAAUGUCAGGAAUGUGGGAAAUGCUUUGCUUGGAUCUCAGGCUUUCGUAGACAUGUUCAAACUCACAGUGGUGAGAAGCCCUAUAAAUGUAAGGAAUGCGGGAAAGCCCUCAGUAGUUCCUCAAUUCUUAAAGCACAUUUGAGAAUUCACACUGGAGAGAGGCCAUAUAAAUGCAAGGAAUGUGGGAAAGCCUUCAUUAACUCCUCACGACUUAAUGAACAUUUGAGAAUCCACACUGGAGAGAAACCCUAUGAAUGCAAGGAAUGUGGGAAAUCCUUCCAUCUUUCCUCAAGCUUAAUUGGACAUUUAACAGUUCACACUGGAGUGAAACCCUAUCAAUGUAAGGAAUGUGGAAAAGCUUUUGCUUGGCCCUCAUUCCUUAAAAAACAUUUACGAACUCACAAUGGAUAGAAGACCUAGGAAGUGGUGAAUGUGGGAAAUUCCAUUUGAGAACUCACACUAGAGCGAAGCCCUGUGAGUGUAUGGAAUGUGGGAAAGCCUACACCACUUCCACAUCUGUAAAUACACAUUUGAAGUCCCACUGGAGACAAGUCCUUUGAAUGUACACACUGACUGAAGGCCUUCACUGUUUCCUCAAGCCUAACUCAACAUGUAAAAAUUGACCCCAGAGAGAAACUGUGAAUGUAAAGAAUGUGAUAAAGCCUUCACAUUGUCGUCAUGACUUACUAAAACACCUAAAAAUGCACAAUGGAUAGAAGACUUACAUACAUGAUAAACGUGGGAAAGCCUCAGUUUUUCCAGUUCAUUUCAAAAACACGAAAGAAGCCACAUUGGAGGGAUACCGACUGAAUAUGAGAAAUGUGGGAAAGUCUACAGGUGUCCCAUUGAAUACAUGGAAGAACUUCCUAACUAGAUCUUGUAUGAAGUUAAGCAAUGUUGGAAAGCAAUCAGGACACCCUACAACCCACGCUGGAACAACAGUGAAGUUGUUCAAUGUGUAAGAGACGUGUGGAACUCCGCUAAUAGGGUGGUUUUGUAGACCUGUGAACAUGUGCCGCUCUACCCCCACUAUUUUUGGGAAUAUUUUGGCUUUCUUUACUCAGCUAUCUGUGCUAUUCUAGUCGAGUUUCUACACCAGGUUGCAGUCUAGACCCAUGUGAGACUAGCAGUUUUAGACUUAAUGCUAUUCAAACCACCUGGGUUCUCUAGUUGUAUGGACCUUGUCUAAUACUGUGAAGAUGGUGACCACUUGAAUUAGUUCACUGCUCAUGGAAUCCAUCUGUAUUCCCUCCUGCUGGCCAAGGUGGGUGACAUAUGUCGCUAAAUUUUCUGGAAAUGCUCUUGUCCCUCUCACACUUGAUCCUUUGGGUCAGGAAAGACUUUAGGAAUGGUGUGGGUAUACAUCCUAAUUUCAUGGUCCUAGAAGGAGAGCAAGACUCCCAGUAGUAGGGAAGGAAAUAAUGUGUUAAUUUUUGGUAGCUUCCCAGUGAGAGGCUGGGAAUGGAGAAUGUUCUCUUUGUUCUUACAUCACCACAUCCUGGAAGAACAAUUAUGUCAUUUGUGUGUGUGUUCAGGAAGAACUGCAUCUGGCAUGUGACUUGGUUAGUUUCUCAUCCUUUUGUAUGCUAUAAAACACAAAACCAUGUGAUUAUGGCAGGUCCUGGUAUCCUGAUGUACUUGAUGCAUCACUGGCAGUUCUUGAAAGUGGUCUUUGGAUAGAGACACAGACCAUCACAACCUAGUUUCAAUUUUGUGUUAACACAUUCAUUAUACCUGUGACACUUGAGUAGCCUUUGGUUAUGUUGUGGGUGGCCGUGGAGGCUGCAGCUGCUUAAUGUCACUUCCUAUGGGGCUUAAUGAAACCAGUGUAGAACAUUCCGGAUCAAGCUUAAUGAUAAAUCCUGAUCAGAAGUGACCUGGGCACAUUUGUGGUAUGUUUGUGUUUGGAUGAGAUUGGGUUACAGUGUGAUUCUCUUGGGUAUGGGUGUGGUCUUCACUGCUUUGAGUGGGUUGCGGCAUAUAAUACAUUGGCCUUCCUUAGGUGACAUAAUUAGUCAUCUCAAAGCCUACAUGUCUUACCUAACCAAACGUGUUCACAGUCAAAUGAGACUAAGUCCUUGACUUCACGGUUGAGGUAAGUACUGCAGGUUGGCCUUAUCUAACUACUUGGACUAGUAGUAAGUGCUGCAUGAGAUAAGUCAAACAGGUGAGCUCCGAAUCUCUGGUAUUAGUGGAUAACAAAGUUGUAUAUGAAGUGGAAAAAGUGCCAGAAGUCUGUUUAUUUUUCAUGUUUUCUUAAUGAAAAGUUCUUAGUUUUGAGUCAGAUUUAUAAUUUUCUCAUGUAUCCAGAUAUUUUGUUGUACCUUGUUUAUAUAUAUUCUGCGAUCUCAUAUUUUUGUAUUUAUGUAACCCAUCUGAAGUACUUUAGUGUAUGGUGUGACUCUAUGUCUGAUUGUCUCUCUUGCUUAGAUAUCAAAAUUACCUGGACCAUUUAUUGAAAAGAUAAUCUUUCUUUUUAUCUCUAUAGUGCCACUUCUGUCAUUGCUUAGAUUUUCAUAUAUUUGUGUGUUUCUAAGUAUGAUUAAUUGAUUUUCUAAUGUUGAACCAAUCUUGUAAUUAUAGAAAAAACUCAAUUUGGAUAUAAUGAAUUCUGUGUUUAGCCUGAAUUAUUUUAUUUACUGGCAAUUUGAGACGUCUUUUGGUAUUUAUUUUUGGGUAAUAAUGGGGUGUAGUAGUCUUUGUCUGUCAUUGCUCGAAACUUUUUUUUUCCUUAAGUAAUCUCUGUGCCAAACUAGGGCUCAAACUCAAGACCCUGAGAGUGAGUUGAAUGCUCUACCCACUGAGCAAGCCAGUCAACCCUGAAAUUUUUAAUGAAAAUUGGCCUAUUCUUUAGUAAGUGCAUAUACUUACUUUAUGAAUCUCUAAAUCAUUUUUGCAGAUUAGAAUUAGAAUAUUUUGUACACUGGACUUUCAACCCAUAAGCAAUGUCUCCCCCUAUAUUUGCAUGCAAAGACACUUAGUGUAUUCUAAUCUUCAAAAAAAUUUUUUUGUAUUUUUUUGGUCUACAUUUCUCUGAAAAUCAGUGGUGUUGAUCAUCUUGUCCCGUGUUGGCCAUCUGCCUUUUUUGGAAAAAUGUACAGUUGGGGUCCUCUGCUUAUUCUUUAAUUGGAUUUUUUUUGAUGUUUAAUUGUGAUUUUUUUUUUCUUUUGUUUAAGGAUUUUAUUUUUAAGUAAU